AACCCGGAACUGAACGGCCAGGACCGCGAGCCUCCAUUCCCUGGUGCACGAUCGCAGUCUUCUCAAGCCCGCUCGUGUCGUGCAUACUUCCUCCGAUUGGUUCCUUAUGGAGGCAUCUGAGGGACUGAGACCGCGAAAAAAUCCUCUGGCAAAGACCUUGUCUUUGGUUCGCUCGUUGUCUUCUCGGAGCCGACGAGGAAACGGCGAGAGGGGCAAGAUGUUGGCGCGAGAAGUUGAAACUUCGCCGCUCAGUGCCGGGAGGAGCAUUGUAGCUUCAUCAACAGGCAACCUGACCCGAGCAAGGAAGAUGAAGGAUGAGUCGCAUAUUGUGGGUCGCGAAAAUCUUGUGAACGAACUUGUGGAGCAGUUGCUCGAUAAAAGAGAUGACGGUGCCAACCUGAGAGUGAUUUCGGUGGUCGGUGAGGAAGCCAUCGGCAAAACAGCUCUAGUGAGGAGCGUCUACAACCGAGCGGACAUUAAGAAUCAUUUUGACUGCUGCGCUUGGGUCCGGGUUGCACCGGGGCCUACACUGGUUCAUCUCAUGGUCGACUUGCUCAAGCAGCUGAGGGUCUCGGAAUUGCGAGACGUGGAGCGUCUGAAGAAAGAAGAGCUGUCCGAUGUGCUCCAACGAGUCCUGAUGGAGUGCUGUUAUCUAAUUGUCCUAGAUGACUUGAACGAUGUCCCUCUCAUGGACGAGCUCAUAAUGAUGCUCGUGGACUCGAGGAACAGAAGCAGAGUAAUCGUCACGACUUGUAACCACGACAUACCCUCUUUUACUGAUCCGUGGUAUUCCAUGCAUCUCACGUUGAGCCCUGUCAACCGAGAACAGAGCAACGAGUUAUUGGAAAGCAGCUGGGCUUUCGACAUGGUCGAUUUGCCCACGGAACUCCUCCAUCUGAAAGAGUUGAUUUUUAGCAAAUCAGGCGGUUCUCCCGCCAAGAUCCUGCUUCUUGGAGGACUUUUAUCUGCCACCACGUCAGAUAGAUGCACCGAGCUUGCCAAUGGGCUUUCUGAUCCUCCCACACUACAAGAUGUUGCACGGUUGAGUGUUGAUGUACUGCCAGUACGGUUAAAGCAAUGUGCUCUGUACUUGGCUAUGUUCCCUAAGGAAUCUGAGAUUCCCACAAGGAGGCUCUUUAGACUCUGGUCAGCUGAAAAUCUAGUAUCCUCACCGUUGGAGAACGGAGUAACCAGAAUUAGUGCAGAGAAAUGUUUCAAGGAUCUGGUGUCCAGAAACGUGGUCCAUGUAGCUCGACGGAAAUGGGACGGGAGUGCGCGAUCGUGCCGCUUGCCCGGAACAUUGUACGAUGUCUUUUAUCAGAUGGCUAAGAAUGAAAGAUUCCUCAAGAUCUAUGACGAUUCUAUCCAUGAUGAAGGAAAGUUUGACGCCCUGCGUAUCGCAAUACCUAGGCAUAUUUUUGGAGAAGGUAAAGCAAAGGCGCAUGAAAAUGCACUGGAAGUAGGACCAGAGCGUUCAGAAACAAAUGCACAAGAAGCACGCACAGAGGAGAUCACUUCCGCUGAGCCACAUCAAAAAAUGUCCACCAGCGACAAAUUUACGCCGUGUGGCAUCAAACAACUUUGUUCGUAUGUGUCUUUCAACACCAUGAAGCUAGGAACACAGACCAGAGAGAUAGAAGCGUUGCUUAAACCCCUAGUGCUGAAAGGGGACUCCAGUUUGCUGAGGGUACUUGAUCUUGAGGGUGUCUACAAGCCUUUACUUCCGGAGGAGCUUGGCAACAUAUUGCUGAACCUAAAGUACUUGGGACUGAGAUGGACUCUUCUUGAAUCGCUUCCAAAGUCAGUGGUGCGAUUGUCUUGUCUCGAAACUUUGGAUCUGAAGUACACUAACAUAACCCAAGUGCCGGCUUCUAUCUGGGAGAUAGGGAGUCUGCAACACCUAUACAUGAAUGAGGUGUCCUUCGACGAGUCCAUUCAUCCUCCACUGCAUUCCAAGAAAUCCUUAAACUGCAACAUCCAAACCAUUUGGGGCUUAUACAUAGGAGUUGAAAGUCCCAUGUUGAAUGUGCUGUGCAAGUUGACGGGCCUGAGGAAGCUGGCAUUGACAUGUCAUCCCUCGGCAGUAAAGGCAGCUACCGAGCAGAUCUCAAAUUUGAAGAUGCUCGAAUCCCUCAGAUUGCGAUCGAAGGAUCUAUUCGGUCAGCCUUCAGAUCUUGAACUGACUGACAUGAGGGGGCUCAAGUCUCUUUCCAAAUUAUACUUGCUCGGAGAAUUGUCCAUGCAAAGAUUGUCGGAGUCGCACAUUCCUCAGAACCUGAAAGUACUAACCUUGUCCAUGUCAGGACUAAAAGACGAUCCGAUGGUAGUCCUGGGGAAGCUGGAAUUUUUGACCACUCUCCGGUUAUUUGCCUACUCAUAUGACGGCGAGAUAUUGAGUGUCUCGGAAGGAACAUUUCGGAAACUCCGUGUCUUGAAACUGUGGAAGCUGGAGAACCUGACUGGGUGGACUAUACAGGCAAAUGCAAUGCAGUGCCUCGAAGAUUUGGAAAUUAAGGAAUGCAAGCAGCUGAAGAUGAUCGAGGGACUGAAGCAGAUCACAACCUUAGAAGUUGUCACAUUAGUUAAAGUGCCGGAUGAACUCGAGCGAAGUGUCAGAGAAAUGCGGCCGAAUGUGCCAAUCAUAGCAAAGGAAUUGGUAACAGGUUUGCCGCAGAAUGAAAAAAAAGAGGAGCCAUCAGAUGAAGAAGACAGCAGAAGAGGAGAAGAGGAUGACUAUAGUGAAGACCCUGAAUCUGGUUUCGAGGAAGAUGGUGAUGAUUUCGAUUAUGAAGAAGAAGAGGAAGAUGACGAUGAUUUCAAUUAUGAAGAAGAAGAAGAAGAAGAAGAAGAAGAAGAGACGAUGAAAAUAAAGAGGAGCAAUCAGAUGAAGAACACAGCAGACGAGGGAGAAGAUGGAGAUGACCACAGCGAAGACUAUAAAUUCCGUUUCCAGGAAGAUGACUUUGAUUAUUGUGAACAAGAUGAUUCUGAUUAUGAAGAAGAGAAGAGGAGAAGAGAAGAAGAGGAGACAUGUCUUUAUGAGAGGUCCAUGAAAGACAUGAUAUUGGGGGGUAAUUCAAGUUAUGACUGA